UAUAGUUUUUUUCUAGUUUUGGAGUUGAACUUUUUCAUCAAACUUGUUAAAUCCAAAAAAAAAUAAGCUCACAAAAUUGUUUCGAACAUUAGUUAUCUGAAUUCUUUGUUACUCUAAAUUAAAAUUCUUAUAAACCAAUCCAGCUGAAGCAGUUUCAAACUUGUUGACUUGAGACCAUACUCAUCAGCAUACUCCUGGCAGUCGGCAAAAUCCCCCAUAAAAACAAAAAGCACAACAACAAAAUUGUUGUAAAUACAGGCAGUCAGAGAUUUUUUAAUGACGUAACAACCUGCUGUAUUCGGUAUCUGUGCGAGGUAGUAGUAGUAGCAGCAGAGUCCAAAGAAAAAAAGAAACUCAAUUAAGCAACAGUUAAAUUAAGUAGGUUUCAAGUUCAAGGCUGACAGUAACGUUGUAGACUCAUUGAAGUUAAAACAAAUAUACAUACUAUAUUUUGCACAUAAAGUCAUUGUACUGUCAGAGCAUCACUAAAGCAGCGUUUGCAGCAGAGACAGAGGAAAAAAAUCGUUUAAAUUUAAUUAACAAAUAACAAAAAAACAUGUCUUUAUCAUUUGAAGCUGCCUCUAACGAAGGACCCGGCUAUGUUGGUAUUCGCUUUUGUCAAGAAUGCAACAACAUGUUGUAUCCCAAAGAGGAUAAGGAGAGCAAAGUCCUCAUGUAUGCCUGUCGUAAUUGUGACUAUCGUCAGGAAGCCGAUUCCAAUUGUAUUUAUGUGAACAAAAUUAUGCACGAAAUCGAUGAAUUAACUCAUAUUUGCCCCGAUGUCAUUUCGGAUCCCACCUUGCCGCGCACUGAAGAUCAUGAGUGCCCUAAGUGUGGUCAUCGUGAGUCGGUAUUUUUCCAGGCUCAAACUAGACGCGCUGAAGAGGAAAUGAGAUUGUACUAUGUUUGUACCAAUCAAAAUUGUACUCAUCGUUGGACUGAGUAAACGAUGUGGGGCUUUAGAGGGAGGAGAUCUAAAUUUAAUGGUUUUUGUUGUUUUAAAGUUGUUUUAUCCACACUUUACUUUAAUUAACUUUUAGCUUUUGAUAUUUUUAAAUAUUUUACAAUAUUUUUAAUUUAAAUGUACUAACUUUUGUUUCACUUUAUUUCAAGAAAAGUCCAACAUUAAAGCCCCGUUUUAAAUUUAUUAUUUAACUAAAACCAACAAUUUAAAAUUUCAACCUUCAUACAAUUGUCCUAUUCACAACUUGUGCUGUAGCGUUGUAUUAACAUUUUAUCAUACAACGAUACGACACAGGCUGUGAAAUGUUAAAUGUAAUCUAAAUUCUGUGGGUAACUUCUAAACAAAGUUUAAACUAAAUUUCGUUAAAAAUGUUAAAGUUUAAAAUAUCUUAACUAAACCAAAGUUAACCAAAAUGCUUUAUUUAAAACAAUUUGCUUAAAGGUAAUGAAAAUCUGAAGCACGU